GAUGAAAGACGUCGAGUUCCAAGACAUCGAGUAUGCGGUCAAUGUGCGCAAAAGUUUCCUGAGUGAAAGCCAGAAGCGAACGAUCCUGAAGGGCGUCAGCGGCGUUUUCCGGCAUGGACAAUUAACAGCCAUUAUGGGACCGUCCGGGGCGGGCAAGAGUAGCCUGCUGAACGCAAUAUCUGGCUAUCGCAAAUCUGGCGUCCAGGGCACAGUACACUUGAACAAGAAGGCAUCCUGCUACAUCACUCAAGAAGAUCACCACCAACCAAUGUUGACGGUCGAGGAACUGAUGGCACUCGCGUGCAAGCUGAAGAUCAAAGACCAAACGGACUGCCAGGAGACGAUCGCGGAGGUGCUGUCGAGUCUCAACUUGAACCACCGCCGGAACGUGACGGCGGAGCGGCUGAGUGGAGGCGAGCGAAAGCGACUCUCAAUUGCGCUCGAGAUGGUAGCGAACCCGUCGGUAUUCUUUCUGGACGAGCCGACGAGCGGGCUGGACGAGGUUACGGCGGCCAACUGCGUGCGGCUGUUGCGCGAUCUCGCCCGCCAGGACCGGACGGUCGUCUGCACCAUUCAUCAACCGUCGGCCCGUAUUUUUGCGCUGUUUGACCACAUCUACGUGAUUGCCCGGGGCCAGUGCGUGUACCAGGGCAACCCGAAGGCACUCGUACCCUUCCUGGCGCACGUCAACAUCGAAUGUCCGAGGCACUACAAUCCGGCUGACUUUAUUAUCGAAAUCUGUGAUAGCGACACCCACGAGCUCAUUCCGACGCUUGCGAACGUAAUGCAGAACGGCAAAUCGAUCUGCUCCGAGCUGCAAGCGAUCGCUGGCCCUACGACCGCCUCCGGACCUGCAUCGAUCUCCUCCGACCAAGAACCGUCCUCGCUCGAGCCGGCCGGAGAGUUCGUCCUAAAGCCGACCGUCACCUCGAUGAUCCUCGACCGGCAAGGACCGCACGUUAGCACGCUGGUGCAGAAGAUGAAGCAGAUCACGCGCUUUUUCCACAAUCGACACGCCGUGUCCGGGUUCGUGCAGUUCUGGGUGCUAUUUCGCCUGAUGUGGACGAAGAUCAUUCGCAACCGGACGGUGCUGUGGAUCCAGCUGAUACAUCACAUUGCGUGUGGGUUUUUCAUAGGUUUGAUUUUCCUGAACGCUGCCAACGACGGAGCGCGAAUGUUCGACCACUUAAAGUUUUGUCUCGGCGUGUGCUUCUUCUUCUGCUACACACAGGUUAUGGUGCCGAUUCUAAGCUAUCCUCGUGAAGUGAAGUUGGUGAAAAAGGAAUGUUUUAACCGCUGGUACGGGCUGUUUCCUUACUAUCUUGCCCUGACGCUCUCUCGACUGCCAGUCCAAUUGCUGCUCAAUAUCGUGUUCACCAUGCUGGUUUAUUGGCUGGCGGGGUUGCCACUGGAGCUGUUCCGCUACUGCUUAUUCGCCCUAGUGGGAAUCAUUGUGUCUUUGUGUGCCGAAGGUUUCGGUCUUAUGAUUGGCGCCACCUUUAACGUGAUGAAUGGUUCCGCCAUCGGCCCACUGGCGAUUGCCCCGUUCCUGGGUCUGGCCAUCUACGGAUUCGACUUUGCAGCACAGAUUCCCACGCUCAUGCAAUGGCUGAUGCGGGUGUCGUUCAUACGCGGUGGCGUCGUGUCGGUUGUGUUGGUUGUAUUUGGCUACAAUCGACCACGGCUAGAUUGUGACGAAAUGUACUGCCACUUCGACGACCCAAAGGUGCUGCUGCACUACGUUCGCAUCGACAACACGACGCUGCUGUUCGAGCUGACCAUCCUCGUCUCGAUGACACUCUUCUACCGGUUGGUGUGCUACCUUAGUCUACGGAGAAGGUUCUACAAGUAGGUAUACACAAACGGUGCCCGAAAGCAGUCAAAAGAGCCAGCAACAUUGACCCACUGAUAUGCAAUCAUAAUGUGAUCCUGUCGCUGCCAGGCCAAAGCAGCGAGAGUUUAUUUUAGCACGUACUUUUGUUGUUUGAUAGAAGAAGGCUUUUCGUUUUGCAUUGUUUAGACGGUAACCAAAUGGAAGACUCUCAGUUUUAGUUGAACAGACAUAUUUCCUGUACUGUACUAGAAAACUAUUCUUAAACCGUACCCGGCUCUUCUAGGUUUUAAGGCUGGCAAAUUAGUCUCUAGCUCUCUUUAUCAAACUCUCUUUUUCUGUUUUCUUGACAGUACAUGAUAUUUUUUCCCUUUAAAAACCAUCGAAUUCUUAAAAGUUAAUAGCUAUCGAUAAUAGCGAAUGCCUUACAACAUUCCCAUAGACGUUAGACCAAGGAAAUAGGACUCUUUAACAUAUGUUCACUGUAAUCGAUAGUGCAAAAGGAAGAGCAGACGUCCAAGACAUGCGUUGCUGUGCGUGUCUUGUCGUGAGUCAUGUUCCUUUUUUUUAACGCGUUGAUAGUUUUCCCGCUUUAAUCUUUCUCCUUCUUGUUUAUGUACUAAGGUGUCCUUCUUUAUCGUUUAUAGAAGUAGGAUUAAGAGUUGGUGGACCAAAUGGAAAACAAAACCUAGUGAUACUUUUUUUAUAUACAAACAUAUUGGACCUGUACUUACAAAAGCGACCACAAAGGAAUAAAACGAACAAUCU